AUGAAUCUCUCACUAUACAGCGUCCAAGCGUUCAUUGUCCUCGACACCGAGGGCAACCGCGUGCUCGCGAAAUACUACCGCCCCAAAAGCCAUCCACAGGGCGAGUCCAAGAACCUGCUCACGCUGAAAGAGCAAAAGGCAUUUGAGAAGGGGCUAUGGCAGAAAACAAAGAAAGCCGGAGGCGACAUCAUCCUGUACGACUCGCAUCUGAUCGUGUACAAACACUCGCUCGACCUCAUCCUCUACUUCAUCGCCGGCCCGACUGAGAACGAGCUCAUGCUCUACUCCGCCCUCAGCUCUCUCACAGACGCACUCAGCAUUCUCCUCCGCAACGCCCUCGAGAAGCGCGCCGUCCUCGAGAACCUCGAUCUCGUCCUCCUCUGUCUCGACGAGACCAUCGACGACGGAAUCAUCGUCGACACUGACUCGGCAGCUAUCGCCUCGCGCGUGAGCCGCCCGCGCGCAGACACCACCGAGAUUGUCAUCAACGAGCAGACACUCAUGAGCGCAUACCUCACCGUCAAAGAGAAGAUGCAGCAGAGAAUAGGUCAGCUAUAG